AUGGUGCCACCCGCACAGCUACCCCCGCCCGACUGGCUGGAGCGGAGGACUCAGCACUCGUUCCGCUAUCGCAAGCGCAGCCGCACGGUGUCCGACACUGCCGAGGAGGCGUAUUUGCGGCUGGACAUCCCCUGCGGCAGUCCAGACUGCGUGGCCUGUCCGCCGACCUCGCCGGCGCUGGCGCCGUCGCCGCAGCACCUGCUGCUGCCCGAUGCCUCCGUGCUGGCGGGCUGCCUGGAGGUGUUUGAGCUCCCAGAGGUGGAAAACCUGGUGCUGCUGACCAGCGUGGUGCGGCAGCUGCACGAUGGCGGCAACAUGCGCCGCGCCGCUCGCCUGCGCGCCCUCUACUCCGACCCCCGCCGCCGAAACGUGCUGUUUGACAACCUGCACCACCGCGAGACCGCGCCCGCCAGCCUGCGCGAGCAGCGCGCCGGCCUGGCGCUGCUGGCGGCGGCAGAAUGGUAUUACGAGCACCUGGGAAGCCGGCUGCCGGUGGUGGUCGUGUCGGACUCGCUGGCACAGCAGUUUGGCGGCGACAGCGGCAGGGGAGGCGGCAGCUUGAGUGGGCUUGCUGCGCACGACCAGCAGCCGCCGCCACAGCAGCAGGUGGCCACGGCAGCUCCGCAACUAGGUCGCGCACGCGAGGAUGAGGAUGAGGAUCCUGAGCUGGAUGCUCUGCUGCGGCAGAUGCACGUCGGCGCGCCGGCGGCCAGCGGCGGCGCAGGGGACAACAUCGCUAGCUUGCUGGACAGCCUGGGCAUUGGGGGCGACGAGCCCGGGGGGGCUGAAGCAGCACCGUUGUGCCAGCUGUCAGGGCAGCCGGAGCAGUUACCACCACCCGAGCAGACUCCUGGAGCCGCCGCCGCCAGCAAGGCGCCGCUGCUGCUGGAUCCAGGCGUGCACAUCUUGUCGGCGGCGGAUUACUUUGGGGGCUGCUGGGGCCACGUCCCGGCGGUGGUAGACGUGUUUGAAUCCAUACAGCAGCAGUCAAAGGCAGGGGAGGCAGCCUCCAGCGGCGCUGGCGGCGGCGGCGCCUUCCGCCCGCACCUCAGUGCAGCUGCGAUGGAGGCGGGGCUGGCUGCCGGUGCGCUGCUGGCGGGCACGCUGAGCGCCAGCCGGCGCGUGCGUGGCGAGGCGAGCGUUGCGGUGGGCGGCGGCCGCGUGCUGGUGGUGGCUGGCUGGGCUGCGAUGAACCGAGCGGUGCACGGCGACAGGGUGGCGGUGCGCCUGCUGCCACGGGAGCAGUGGCACACCAUUGGCGCAGCCGGACCUGGAGGCAGCGGUGCCGGUGGCGGGGCUGACGGGGAUGGUGGCGGGGCUGAGGAGGAGGAGGUGGAGGAGGAGGAGGAGCACGAUUUGCUGGCGGCCGCCGGCGCCGGCGAGGCUGAUGUGGCGGCUGACGAGGCGCACGGCGGCGGCGAUGAGCUGGCAGACCCACUGGACGCGCUGCUGGCCGGCGGCGCAGCAGGCGCAGGCAGCGGCGCCGGCGGCCUGCAGCCGACGGCAGAGGUUGUGGGCAUUCUGCAGCGCUGGUCAGGGGAGGUGGUGGCUUGCAUAUCAGAAGACGACGAGCGGGCCCUUGCCGCCAGGCAGGACAGCGGCAGGCAGGAGGCGGUGCUGUGCAUCCCCACCGACCGCCGCCUGCCCAAGAUCCGGCUGCGCAGCCGCCAGCUGCACCGCCUGCUGGGCCAGCGCCUGGUGCUGCGGCUGGAUGGCUGGGACCAGGGCAGCCGCUACCCGCACGGCCACCUGGUGCGCAGCCUGGGCCCCAUCAACUUCCUCAGGAGCGAGACGGAUGGGGUGCUGGUCAGCAGCGGGGUGCACUGGCAGCCCUUCAGCGAGGGCGCGCUGCGUGAGCUGCCCCCCAUCGCCGGCGGCGCCGAGUACGUGAUGCCGCCAGGCGAGGUGGCGGCGCGCCGCGACAUGCGUGGCGCGGAAUACCUCACCUGCAGCAUCGACCCCCCCGGCUGCACCGACGUGGACGAUGCCCUGUCUGUUCGCUGGCUGGAGCCAGGCGGUGGCGGGCCGCGGCUGGCGGAGGUGGGGGUCCACAUCGCCGACGUCUCCUUCUUUGUGCGCCAGGGCGGCCUGCUGGACGGCGAGGCGGCGGCGCGCUGCACCACCGUGUACCUCGUGGACCGGCGGCUGGACAUGCUGCCCGCGCUGCUGAGCGAGGACCUGUGCAGCCUGCGCAGCGGCCAGGACCGCUACGCUGUGAGCGUGGUGUGGACCCUGGAUGCCGACAGCCUGGAGGUGCGGGACGUGUGGUUUGGGCGCACGCUCAUCAGGCAAGACUGGGUCGUAGGGCGCCCUCGGUCCCGCUACCAGCUAGAGUACUCCCAGGCUCAAGCCAUCAUGGAGGGCAGGCCGCAGCCGCUGCAGCCGGCGUCGCAGCACGGCGGCGGCGGCACCGGGGAGCAGGCGGUGCCGGCGGCCGACCUGCCGCCGCUGCAGCGCAACCUGCGCCUGCUGGCGGCGCUGGCUGAGCACCGCCGCCAGAUGCGGCUCCAGGACGGCGCAGUGGAGCUGGAAAGUGCGGAGCUGCGCUUCAAGACCGACCCUGCCGGCCAGCCUACGGGCGUGACGGAGAUCCCCAUGAUGCGGAUCGUGGCCGAAAUGAUGAUCCUGGCUAAUGCGGCGGUGGCUGCCCUGUGCGAGUCGGUCGGGCAGCCGCUGGAUUUCGAGGGCGGCGCCGCCGCGCUGUCUGCGUCGCUGGCGGCGGCGGCUGCUGCUGCGCCCUCCGCUGUGUCCAGCCUCAUCAAGUCGCUGGCUACCAGGGCCAUGAGCGAGGCAGAAUAUUUCUGCACAGGCGACGUGACGGGGCGGGGCGGCGGCGGCAUGAGCCACUUUGGGCUGGCGCUGCCCUUCUACACACACUUCACCUCGCCCAUAAGGCGCUAUGCCGACGUCGUUGUGCACCGCCAGCUGCUGGCGGCGGUGGCAGCAGCUGCAGCCAGCAGCAGCCCUGCCCCGCUGCCCCAGGCACAGGUUGCAGCGCGGCCCAGCCCAGCCCAGCUACCGGCCUUGCUGGCGGCGGCGCCGCCGCCGCUGCCCGGCCCAGAGGUGGCGGAGCGUGCGGCGGUGAUGAAUGAGCGGCACCGCACCGCCAAGCGGGCGCAGAAGGAGUGCUCGGAUCUGUACCUGCUGCUGCUGCUGCACGCCCAGCCACAUGUAGAGGCGGCCACCAUUUACGGCCUGCGGCCCCAGGCCCUGCUGGGCGUGAUCCACCUCACAGACAAGGCGGGCGUGUGCAAGCCGCCGCUGCGGCAGCCGGGCGAAGAGCAGCUGGAGGAGCCCUUUGUGCUGGCCUACCGGCGAGGGCUGGCGCUGGUGGCAGAGGGCGGCGGCGGCGGCGAAGAUGCCGCCCUGCGGCAGCUGAGCGUCGUGGAGGCGGCCAGCGGGCGCCAGGUGGCGGCGUAUCGCCCCAUGCAGCGUUUGUGGGUGCAGCUGUCGGCGGAUGGCAGCCGGGCGCACGGCCCCCGCCUGCGAAUGCGGCUGCUGGCAGACGAGCACCCCGCCGCGGUGCAGGCGGCCGAGAGGGAGGCCGCAGAGGCGGCUGCGGCAGGCAGAGCUCUGCGGCGGGCGAUGCGCCAGCUGGAGACCCGCGCCGCGCGGCUACAGCUGCGUGCUGGCGUGGGCGCCCCCGGCAGGCCACGCACCGAACAGUGCAGCGCGGCAGCCGCAGCGGUGCGCCAGCAGAUCCUGGCCCUGCAGCAGCACCUGGUGCCUGGCUGA